AGCGCUGCUGUGUGCCCGGAUUCCCCCUCCUUCCCCCAGUCCCCAGACGUCAUCCUCUUCGUCACCGUCGAGAAAGAGAGAGCAGAGCGGCGGGCAGAGUGAAAAGCCCACUUUGUUGUUAUUGUCCCCGCUCCGCUUCUCCCUCCCCGGGGAGCAGCAACACGUCUGCGCGGCCAGAAUGUACAUGCAAGGAGCCACAGACCAGUUGCAGCACAGCUGACCCAUAAAUCUGAGAAUUCAGGAUGGAUAAAUGUAGGCAUGUGGGCCGGUUACGGCUCGCUCAGGAUCAUUCAAUAUUAAACCCUCAAAAAUGGCACUGUGUGGAUUGUAACACUACAGAAUCUGUGUGGGGCUGCCUGAGCUGUGCACAUGUGGCAUGUGGUCGAUACAUCGAAGAGCAUGCACUGCAACACUUUCAGGAAAGCAAGCAUCCUAUGGCACUGGAAGUGAAUGAACUAUAUGUAUUCUGUUACCUUUGUGAUGAUUAUGUUCUUAAUGACAAUGCCACUGGUGACCUUAAACUUUUACGGAGCACAUUGAGUGCCAUCAAAAGUCAAAACUAUGACUGCACAACACGUAGUGGUCGGACAUUGCGGUCAAUGGUAGCUGUGGAUGACUCCUAUAGUUCUCAUCAAGGUGCUAAAGCACUUCUACAAACUGAAGACCUCACGUUCACUGCUCUUUGGCAUCGGAGACACGCUCUCUUGGGAAAAGUGUUUAGAUCAUGGUUGGCUUUGACUCCUUGUGGUAAACAAAGGUUAGAAGAGGAACGCCUCAGGGAGAAGGCGGAAAGAAAAAGGGAGGAAGCCAGGAAAAGGCGCCAGCUGCAAAAGCACAAAUUAAAAGAAGAGAUGGAAAGUACGCCCCCAAGAAAGAGUUCCCGCUUGCAACAGCAAAUGCAAAAACCUAUUAAGAUGGUGCUGCCAACAAUGCAGAAAACCUACCAAAAAACUGUAUCUACCACAAAACAAAAAACAUCACAACCUACCUCUAAUGAUGUACAGAAAAAAAACCUGGGUGAUUCUCCAAUAAAACGGAAACCCACUGUGACCCCUGGGGUGACAGGACUGAGAAACCUGGGGAACACUUGCUAUAUGAACUCUAUUCUUCAGAUCUUGAGUCACUUGCACGUGUUCCGGGAGUGUUUCUUACAGCUUGAUCUCAAUCAAACUCAGGAGUUAUUGGCAGCUGCAGCCAAUGGAAAAACAAAGUCCUCUAGCCAAAUCCCUCCUGCUGCAGACCUAGCUAGAAUAGCAAAAAAGCACACAAAAGUGGAGAGGUCUUUGGUAAAGCGCCAAAGCUCUUCAUCUGGCCUUAGUGGCGGAGCAUCAAAGAGUCGAAACAUGGAACUCAUUCAACAUAAACCUAGCUCAACGCACAUUUCUCUUUGUCAUGAGUUGCAUACACUCUUCCAAGUCAUGUGGUCUGGUAAGUGGGCACUGGUCUCCCCCUUUGCCAUGCUUCAUUCAGUCUGGAGGCUGAUACCAGCCUUUCGUGGAUACGCACAGCAAGAUGCUCAGGAAUUUCUUUGUGAACUUUUGGAUAAAGUACAACAAGAACUGGAGACAUCUGGGACCAGGUACCCAACGCUGAUUCCCAGUUGUCAGAAGAAACUCAUUAAACAAGUCCUGAAUGUGGUCAACAACAUUUUUCAUGGACAACUUCUUAGUCAGGUCACUUGUCUUGCCUGUGAUAAUAAGUCUAAUACGAUAGAACCCUUCUGGGACUUGUCACUGGAGUUUCCUGAGAGGUAUCACUGCAAUGGCAAGGAGACUGCCUCCCAGCGGCCUUGCCUAUUGACUGAGAUGCUGGCAAAGUUCACGGAGACAGAGGCAUUAGAGGGAAAGAUCUACGCAUGUGAACAGUGCAACACAAAACGCAGAAAAUUUUCAUCAAAGCCAGUUAUUCUUACAGAAGCCCAGAAGCAACUGAUGGUGUGUGGACUACCUCAAGUUCUGAGACUGCAUCUCAAGAGGUUCAGGUGGUCCGGUCGCAAUCAUCGUGAGAAAAUUGGGGUGCAUGUCCAGUUCGAUCAGAUGCUAAACAUGGAGCCAUACUGCUGUAGAGAGUCCACUGCAAGCCUGAAGACAGACUCUUUUAUUUAUGAUUUGUCUGCAGUAGUGAUGCAUCAUGGGAAGGGAUUUGGUUCUGGGCAUUAUACAGCCUUCUGCUACAACCCAGAAGGAGGAUUCUGGGUUCAUUGUAAUGACUCCAAGCUGCAUACCUGCACAGUUGAAGAAGUCUGCAAGGCCCAAGCGUAUAUUAUAUUCUACACCCAGCGUGUCCCUCAGGAGAAUGGACACUUAUCAAACAGGCUUUUAGGUCUUGGUACCCCUCCGAGCAGCCCACCGUCCACACCUUGCUGAGAUAAUGAAUGUCUACAGGAAACUGAACAGAAUGGCAGCAUACAGUCCGUGUUGGAGCGAGCGUUUAUCUUUCUGUUGUAUAACGGACUUUGGGAGAAAAACAUUGCCCUGUAUGAUCUGGGCUGAACAAAUUUUCUAUGAAUUUUAAUGUUUUCGAGCAGGUUGCAUAUAGUAAAUGUCACUAAACCACCUUCCCAGGUGCCAGCAACACAAAUGUAAGAAUGUGAUAUUUCUCAUGUACAAUAUGUUUAUACACUUUUUUUUAUAUGGUAUUAAGCACUCAAAAAUAGAAUAAAAUGAUUUUAACAUUUGUAAAUUGGCAAUGUAUAACUUUCUAGCAAACUUUUCUACUGUUCCCGUGUAAAUUUUAUAGUUCAUACCUGCAUUUUUCACUUUGUGAUUUAUGAAUGUCAUUUUCUGGUUUUAGAAAUUUUAUUUCUCCUUUUCAUUUUAAUACAUCAUGCAUUGUAUUUUUACAAUUCCUGUGCUCCUGUCUGUUCUUAACUGCAAUAAUCCACCCUGGUUCUUUUAUCAGUUGUUUUAGAAACCUCAGUGCUUAGAACUACAUCCGGCUAAGGCUGGGUUCACACUACGUUUUUCAACUACAGUUCCCGCAUACGUUUUCUAUCAAAAACCGUAUGGGGAAAAAACGGAUGGAACAGUAUGGGAAAAA